AUGCCGGACGAAAAUUCCAGCAAUAGCUUGCCGCGAAAGGCCCCUUGCAUAAGUUAUUGGCAACGAACAACUCGGGCAUUCCCGCAUCUAUUCGAGAACCAGCACACCCGCGUCCCCCCACGGACCAAAUACGUGAUUAUCGGCUCCGGACUCUCUGGCGCCCUCACGGCCUUUGAGCUGCUAGAAGCAGGCAUCAAAGGUGAUGAUGUUGUUAUUCUGGAAGCCCGCGAGGCUGCCAGCGGGGCAACAUCCCGGAAUGCAGGCCAUGUCCGACCAGAGAGUAACUUGGAAGAUGCGUUUCGUGGAUUUAAUGCCUACGCAAAGGUUCAUGGCGCCGAACAGGCUUUGAAGAUCAUCGAAAACGAGCGCCUUGUCCUGGAGAAAGUAGCCGAGUUCGUAAAGAAGCAUGACGUGCAAUGCGAUUUCAACCUUACCUCUACAUUUGAUGUUUGCAUGACACCUGAGUUUGCCAAGUAUGAAUCUGAGAGCUUCGAGGCCUACGAGCGGGCGGGGGGCGAGACUUCUCAAAUCAAGUAUUAUGAAGGCGAGGAGGCAAGAGCAAAGACGAGUGUCCAUGCAGCUGUUGCGGCCUACGAGUGGCCGGCAGGAUCCUGUCAUCCUGCGAAGUUGGUUCAUUUCCUGUUGCAAUCCGUCAUCGGAAGAGGUGCGAAGCUUUUCACGUUUUGUCCCGCUACAGCGAUACAGCAGCACGAGUCCGAGCUGGGACUGUGGGAUGUACAUACACCUCGCGGCACGAUCACGACUGAGAAGAUCAUUCACUGUACCAAUGCACAUGCGGCCCUUUUGCUCCCGCAGCUGGAAGCGUAUGUGACGCCGAACCGCGCCCAGGCACACUCUCUAAUCGCGAAUUCGACUUUCGGAGGCGAGAAGAUUCUCGACAAGACAUUUUCGCUCCGAUACAGUCUGUACCAUUUUUAUUCUUUGAUCCAACGCAGGGGGGAUGGUACACUUAUCCUUGGGGUAUCGAGGUCGAAUCCCACCUUAAGCUCUGAAACAUUGGCCAGUCGCUUCAGCACUGAUGAUAGUCAUUUUAAUCAGGAGAUUGCUGAAGAUGCGCUGAGUAGCUUCGGGAGGAUAUUUCCUGAUUAUACUUCGUCACAAGAUGCGGCGCAUGGCGAAGGCUUGGAUCAUGCGUGGACUGGGAUUAUUGCCAUGACGCCCGAUUCUGUUCCGUUCGUCGGUGCUAUUGGAUCGCUUCCUGGGCAGUAUAUUUGUGCUGGAUUUAAUGGACAUGGAAUGGCACGCAUCUUCACCAGCGCACCUGGGGUUGCAAAAAUUGUAUUGGGCGACGAAUGGAGCGCUACAGGAUUGCCUGAAUGUUUCCAAUUUAGUAGAGAAAGACUGUCUAGACUUGCGGAGGGUGGGUUGCCCUCUAUCUGGUAA